AAGCGGCUCCUUCCAUACCACUCCUCACUUCUCCCAGCCUCCCUCCACUUCCCCUGCUCUCUCCCUCUCCCCCUCCCUCUAUCGCUCUUCCUCAUCUCCUCAUCUUUCUGCUCGCGCCCCCUUCCUCCUCAGCUCGCCGUCGGGCCCGGCCGGGUGUGUGUGUCUGCGUGCACCCCCCUCCAUAUCCAUAGCACGAGAAUGUCCAGUAUUUUCUCCAACAGCGCGGGACGUUCAGAGCAUGGCUUCGAUCUUCGGGCCAUUCUCCGGAACUACAUUGUUGAGAAAGUGAUCUUCGGUGGUGCUCCCUCUGCCACACCCACCUGGAAGGUGUUGGUCGUUGAUGAUCUGACGGCCCGAAUUCUCAGUCACUGCAUGAAAGUCAGUGACUUGACCAUUCACGGAGUGACGGUGAUCGAGAAAAUCCAACUCCAGCGCAAGGCCUGGCAGGACCAGGAGGCCGUGUACUUCCUGCGACCGACCACGCAGAAUGUGGAGUUCUUGCUGAAGGAUUUCCCCGAGAACCGCGGUAUCACCGUAAGCAAGCGCCUCUAUGCAAGCGCCCGGGUGUACUUCUCCGCCGAGCUUCCCCGUGAGCAUCUUCGGCGUAUCAGCGAGAGCAAGGGUCUUACGCCGUAUAUUCGCGCCCUGGCUGAGGUCCCAUGCAACAUGCUGUCCUUGGAGUCGCAUGCAUUCAUCCUGAAUACCGCCAAGCCUGGAUACCCGGAUGCCUUCUGGCAGACGGUCGAACGGUCGCCGUACGACGCCCUGUCGGAGCUGAUCAGUGACAACACCACUAAGGCUGGCAGCCCGGUGCCGGAUAACCGGCGCCGGUAUCAGUCCUCCUUCCUGCGUCUGUACCAGCCCGGAGCGCCAGUGAUCGCCACACAGGAACUUGAACGCCAGGCCGCGCAGCUGGCUUCUGUCUUUGCCCUGAUGAAGGCCUACCCGCUGAUUCGCUUCGCUCGGCCGCCGGCUUCGGCGCGUAUCUUCCAGCAGAGCCCCUACAGCAUGACUCAGGCGUUUGCUCAGGCGGUGCAAGCUCGGCUGGAUUCGAUGGAGUCCCUGAAUCCUGGGACUUUUGCUGUUGGUGCCCCGGUGGAUCUGGUGAUUGUCGACCGAACAAUCGACCUGUACGCACCGCUGCUGCACGAGUUCACCUAUCAGGCCAUGACGCACGACCUCCUCGGGCUUGAGGAUCGCAUCCAAAACAAGACGCACUCCAUUUCCCAGCGCAAGAACGAGUCGGGCAAGCCAUCCACCGGUUCGGUCUUCUUGCUGACAGAGGAUGACCCGGUGUGGAAUUACCUGCGGCAUCGGCACAUCGCCGAUUGCCUGCAAACUCUGCCGACGGAGUUCCGGCAGUUCCUCAAGGAGGAUGUUGUCGCUUCGCAUCGCGUCGACCGGCAAAUGGGCAACGACUCGGGCUCUUUGGAGCUGGAGGACAUCAACAAGCUGAUGCGUCAAAUGCCGCGCUAUUCGUUGCAAUUGUCGAAGUUUGCCAUCCACAUUGAGCUCUUGCAUCUGAACAUGAAGAAUUACACCGAUCUGGGUCUGGAGGCCAUCGCGCUACAGGAACAACAGCUAGCCCUUGGCCAUGACUACCAUGAUGACAAGCCGCUCACGGCGUCCGGCAUGCUGGAUGCCAUCACCCGAAUUGCCACCAACCAUUCGGCAUACGAUGGGCAAGUCCGUCGUCGCAUGCUGCUGUUGUAUGCCAUCUCGAUCUUCAACAAUGCCCUGAUGGCGCAGCACAAUGCCCAGAGUGUGACGGCCGCCUUCGGCAAGACCAUCUCCUCGGCACUGGAGAACUCCCUGUCGACCGAUGAGCUGAGGCUUAUCGAGAGCCUCAAGUACAUGGUCAACUUGACAAACCUGGGCCCCGGACAGACCAUGCCCGGCUCCACCACCACCACCAAGAGCUCCGGCUGGGGUGGAAUUGGCCGGUCGAAUCAGCCCACCGCGGCCGCGGUCGACGCCUCUGGCGACCUGUCGCAGAAGCCCUAUCCGCCGGUGGAAGACCAGCGUCGCGACUUCCAUGGGAACUGGACACAGCCUAUCUCCACCCCUCGCGAUGCGGUGCAUCCCUUCCGCCCGGAGGCACAGUCGUACAUUGUGUCGCAGUAUGUCCCGCGCCUGAAGCGCAUGUUGGCGCGCUUGGACGAUCCGCACUCGGACUCGCCCUUCGCGGUGCUCGAUUCGAGCCGCUCACACGAGGCAGCCGCAGCCGUGUCGAACCGCAUUGCGCGGGAGAAGGCCCUCAGCCAACCGGACAAUUCAAAGUCCGGGGCCAAGUCGGGUGUGUCGCUGCGGAAUUCCUCGGCCCGGACCAGCUGGUUCACUGGCGGUGGCAAGGAGGACCCAGCGGCCGGGCGCGGUACCGAGGGCGAAUCUCUGGCCGCGGCCCUGCCAUCGGGUGUCCCUGCAGCGGAGCGCAACAAGCCCGUGCGCACGAUUGUCUUUGUCCUUGGUGGGGCCACAUAUUCGGAGUUGCGAGCCCUCUAUGAGGCGUCGCAGACAUCGAUGUCGGUGUCAGCACCGGCCGCCGCUGCGGCCGGGCGCACUCGUCGUGAGUUUGUCCUUGGCACCUGGGACUUUGUGCUUCCCUCGGGCAUGCUCCAGGACCUGAGCCUUCUCCGGAUGGAGUGAAGCCACUCGCGAUGAUGCGCCGGGGUGGGUGCUUUAUGCGGGAUUCCUCGGUUGCCAAGCACAUCCACACAUACAGGCAUCCGUCCUUUCGACAAUUUGGGGGGGGGGGGGGGAGACUCUCCGUGCUUCCCUCCUUCCAAGGGGCAGUGCAUUUUUGAGUCCUUCUCUUGUCACCCUGCCUGUGUCGACUGAAAUAGAUGGCUACAUUGGUAUUAGGCGAGGCGCCGCCAGCGUAAGAAAGAUAGGCGCCCGGAACAAGAAGAAGCCCAGACGGGUGGAGAUACAGGGCAGCAGUGCUUCCUGACUGACCCAUCCCCGCGCACUGUGGACGAGUUGCCCUCGCUGUUUUUUUUUUUUCCCUUUCGCCCCCUUCUCACCUACUCCACAACCCGCCCCCCUGCAAAUAGACACGCAGCAUCAAUAUAUCCUCCAAG